AUGGCCAGCAACCAAGUAAUACUGUUUCUCUUCUACGGAGAAAUCUGGAAAUCACUCUCUACGGCAAUACCUCAAAAGGUUUCCAUGAAUAAAAUAAAUGCAUACAGUGGUAUCAGGAGUCCAACAGAAGACAAAGCUCCUCUGUAUCGACUGCAAGCAACUGGACCCAGUUUACACAAAUCUGGAAGAGCACUGACCGUUACGACACCACCUCCGCUCCCCACAGCAUAUGCAGAACCUAGCGAUGGAAGCUGGAUAGCAGCACUGAUAAUUGGCAUAAUUUUGAUGAGUAUGAUAAUGGCUAUUAUUAUAAUUCUUCUGUGGAAAUGCUGCAAGAGGCCAGUUCUGGUUGAUUCAAAUUGGGCAGGUCGAUCUCCAUUUGCAGAUGGAGACACACCAGAUGUCCUUAUGGACUCUGACCAGGCUACCAAACGUUCAUCAGUUUUAUUUACAUUGCCGUGGAAAUUGAAACAAGACACAAGCUUACAGAACGAUCCCGCUGCAUCCGAGAAACCAUCCAGCUGCACUACCAGUAAUGGAAACAGCCAGCUGCCUCCACCAGCAGCAGACUGCUCGGCAGCCGGCAUUUCGGCUUCCAACGCAGACGCCUCUCCCGCUCCCACCUCGGAAGCGGCAAGCUGCGCCCGCCACUCCUGCCCUCACCUGGCGGCUUCACCUGAACCCCCAGACCUGCCACCUCCGCCUGACUGGCUCAGGGAACCAGCAGAGGAUCACAGUGCAGACCUCGGCAAGCACCAGGAAUUUCACUCUGAAACAGAGGAACAACUGCCCCCACCACCUGAGCUGCUCAUUCAAGAGAAUCACGAAGCACUGCCCCAGCCAGAACACCCUUUGUAG